UGUAGUUUCGUUUCUCUCUUCCUCUGUCGGCCAUGGCGUCUUCUGCUCUGAGAGACGAGCUGGACUGUUCCAUCUGUCUGAUCACUUAUACAGAUCCUGUAAUGCUGAGAUGUGGACACAACUUCUGCCGGGUCUGUAUUGAUCGUGCGCUGGAUACACAGGCCAAGUCUGGACUUUAUUCCUGUCCUGAAUGUAGAGAAGAGUUUCAGGAGCGGCCGACACUGAUGAGGGACAUCGCUCUGAGGAACAUAAUGGAGAACUUCCUGGUUACUGAUCCAACACCGACAGAACCCGGGAUCUUCUGCACUUACUGUGUGGACUCUCCUGUCCCUGCUGUGAAGUCCUGUCUGCACUGUGAGGCUUCUCUGUGUGAUAAACAUCUGAGAGUUCACAGCAAAUCACCAGAACACGUCUUAUCUGACCCCACCACUUCUCUGGAGGACAGGAAAUGUUCUGUCCAUAAGAAGGUCCUGGAAUAUUACUGCACUGAGGACGCUGCUUGUAUCUGUGUGUCCUGCAGUUUGGCCGGAGAACAUCGGGGACACCAGGUGGAGAUGAUGGAUGAGGCCUCUGAGAAGAAGAAGAAGAAACUGAGAAAUGUUCUCCAGAAACUGAUCCCAAAGAGAGAGAAGACUGAGGAAAGAGUCCGGAGUCUGGAGGAACGCAGGAGAAAAGCUCAAGAGAAAUCAUCUGGAGAAGCGGAGAGAGUCACUGCCCUGUUUAUAGACAUGAGGAGACGGCUGGACGACCUGGAGAAGAAGGUCCUGAGUGAGAUCUCCAGGCAGGAGAAGGAAGAGUCACUGUCACUGUCUGCUCUGAUCCAUCAGCUGGAAAUAAAGAAGGACGAGCUGUCCAGGAAGAUGAGACACAUUGAGGAGCUGUGUAACAUGGCGGAUCCACUGACUGUCUUACAGGAACCAGACACAGGUGACUUGUGUGAUCCUGAGGAGGGGGGAGGGGAUGAGGACACAGGGGGACAUGAUAAGACACAUGAUGUAGAUGAUCUGGAUGUGACUGUGAUCUCAGACACAUUCCGCACAUUAUGUGACAUAAUAUCAGGUAUAAGGAUCUAUGGGGAGGGUCCUGCAGACAUAUUACUGGAUGUAAACACGGCUCAGAAUUAUCUCCUUAUAUCAGACGACCUGAAAACUGCAACAUGGACAGAAAUAACACAGAAUCGUCCAGAAACAGCAGAGAGAUUCCAGGAUUAUCAUCAGCUUUGGGAGCCGGAACUUCCUUUCCUUCUCCGUGAUUACUCCACCUGAGGACUUGGCCUCAGAGAUUUAUCCGAAGCUCCCGCUGGUUCAGGUGUAUUGUGCCACGAUUCCUGGCAUCUUGGAUACGACUGGUGAAAUGGACGGUGCCGAAGUGAAGAAGCGCGUCCUCCCGUCCUGGAUGACCGAUGAGAAUUCUGGGAGCAAGAAGCCGCGUCCGGCCGAAGUAAGGAGGAAGAAGAAGACACAAG